AUGGAUCCCGGAAGCAUCACCGGUAUCGGUUUGGCAAUUGUCCCACUUCCGGUUCAAUCAAUCAAGUCGCUCAAAGACACCGUUACCCGUUACAAAGGCCGCGACAAGACCCUUGCUAGGCUACAUCAUGUGCUUGAGGAUCUGGAUAAUAUUCUGGAGGUGCUGGAACGAGCUGUUGACUCAGAAGCAUCGACGCGGGCUCUUCUGGAGGGCCCUGUCAGCCGAUGCAAUAUCUUGUGCCGCGAUUUCGAGACCGCCAUGCAGGCAUUUGGUGGAACGUCCAGGAUGGGCUUUCGAGAUUGGGCCAGGAUGGAGUUCAUGACGGGCGACAUCAAUGAGUUCAUGGACAGGUUGGAAGGGUAUAAAGCAACGAUCUCAGUAGGUCUAGGUAUCAUCAUUAUGCAAACAUCCAAAGUCUCCCACGAAGUUCUUGAGGAAUACAACGAGACGAUACAGGAUACAAUGUACAGCCUUAAUGUUAAUCUGCAACGCCUUGAUGAAAAAAUGGAGCUUCUUAUCCAAGAAAGCAAAACCACCAGCGCUUCGGAUACAGGCACUGACCUAAGGGACGAGCGGGCAGUGACGGAGCAAUGUCUCCGAAUUUGCCAAGAUGCCCGUUCUUACAUCGACUCACUGGCAGACCGGGAAGAAUCCCUAAAGGAUCAGUCGCUCUCAGAAUCCGUUGCUGAUAGCGAGGGUCCGUUCGAGGCACAGUUACUUAUACGCCGAACCUUGAAUGAGAGUCGAGACAACCUCGCCCAGACCAUUGGCCGGCUUCAUGAACGGUUGGACUCAAUGGCAACAAGUGGGACGCCCAAGAAUGACCUCGGCUACCUUCAAUUGGAGGGAGACUUAAAAACUUCGAAGCAGUGUUUAGAGCUGUGCAAAACUGCAUCCGAACAGGUUGCACAUCAAAAGGUCUACACUGUCGGAGAGAUGAUCGCUGACGGUGACAGCGAUCAAGUAGUGAUCACGACCCUCGCAGACCUCUUUGAUGUCAAGAAGGCGUCGUCAACCAACAGAUCAGCGCAGUGGAUAGGAUAUUUAUCGGAUGAAACAGUGCGACAAGUGUCUAAAGACCGGUACAGUAGUCGUUUCGGUGCUGUGGCCGCGGAUGGGGCUGGCGAUGGCAUUAGCACCAUGCCUUCGACAUCCGACACUCGCGAAGUCAACAGUAGCCUAGCACGACGACCUGGGAAGACAGGGCAGCCUGUGGCGCCAGAGGCAGUGCAUAGGCGGCCUUCUCCAAAUGAGAUAAGAAAACGGGCGACGGAAGAGUGUGAUGAGAAGGAGAAACGUCGAUAG